GUCCCAGACUCCCAGAAAUGCCUAUAGAAUCCCGGACUGAAGCCAAAUUAAUUUAGGAUUGUCACCAUUACUUUCACUUCAAGAAUCAGCUUAGCUUUCAAACUUCUAACCUAACACUUUCAAACCCUCGAUCGCCAUGGCAGCUCCUCCCAUCACAAUCACGAAGGUAGUUCCGGCCGUCAUAGUAGGCGGUGGACGAGUGGGAAAAGCCCUUCAAGCCAUGGGAAAUGGUGAAGAUGCGUUGGUGAAGAGGGGCGAGCGCGUGCCCCCUGACUUUCCCGGCCCCAUCUUGGUCUGUACUAGAAAUGAUGAUCUUGAGGCUGUACUAGAAGCCACACCUAAGGCUCGCUGGAAGGAUUUGGUAUUUUUCCAGAACGGAAUGCUAGAGCCAUGGUUCCAGAGUAAAGGCCUAGGUGAUGCUGACCAAGUUUUGGCAUACUUUGCGGUGGCUAAACUAGGUGAGCCCCCUAUCGAUGGUAAAACUGAUACAAAUCCCGAAGGCUUGACGGCAGCUUAUGGCAAGUGGGGUUCUGCAGUUGCUUCCCGAUUGCAUGCUGGUGGACUUUCCUGUAAAGUAUGUAUAAAUAUAUAUUGAUUAUUGAAGGUCAUUGACAAAGAGGCAUUUCAGAAGCAAAUGUUAGAAAAACUUAUAUGGAUAAGUGCAUUCAUGCUCGUGGGAGCUCGUCAUUCGGGGACAACUGUAGGCACUGUUGAAAAGCAGUACCGUUCUGAGGAAUGGGAUUAAAAAAUCAGGUGGAUCCUUUCAGGUAUCCAGCCUUAUUAGCGAGCUGGCAGCAGCUGCAGCUGCAGAGAAGGGAAUAAUCUUUGAGGAAGCUAUGGAGAAUAGGCUAUGUGCCUACUCACGGGCAGUUGCGCACUUCCCGACGGCAGUCAAGGAGUUCCAAUGGAGGAAUGGCUGGUUCUAUUCACUCUCACAGAAAGCACUUGCAGCCGGAAAGCCUGAUCCAUGUCCAUUGCAUACCGCAUGGCUCAACGAUAUAAAUGUUGUAUAAAAUAAAGAAAAAUUGAGUUUGCUUAUUUUGUAUAGCUGCAUUCUCCUCUUAGGUCCUAAAAAUUAGUACAACAGCCGGUUUAGUAAACGUUAAUUCGUGAUUAUGCGUUUCGGAUUUUAAACCACAUGAUUUAGAUUUUGCAAUAUGAGUACGAUUUGCUCUGAUUUAUAAUUAUUUUAAAUA